AUGGAGAACCACGAAAAGCACUCCAGCUCUGAUGUCAAGGACAAUGACAAGGGGAGCGAAACCAGGCCUAAAUGUGGUGAAUCUGUCAAGGGCGGCACCUUGAUUGUGGAAGAAGUCAGGCUGCACAAACCGUUCACGACAUUGACCGCCAUGGGUCUUGGCCAUUCCAUCACCAACACUGCCAUCACAUUGCUGGUCGGAAUGUCGAGCACCAUUGCGCUGGGAGGCCCGCCUCUCUUUAUUUGGGGUUUCGUUGCCAUGGCUGUUGUCGGUGUGGCUGUCUCGGUCAGUCUGGGAGAGCUCGCAUCUGCUCUCCCACACACCGGCGGCCAGUACUUCUGGGUCGCCGUCCUUGGCCCCCCCAAAUUCCGCCGUUUCUUGUCCUAUAUAACAGGCAUUGUCGCCUGGGCUGGCGCGGUCUGCACCACAGCCUCAGUGUGCCUGGUUGUGCCGAUCAUGAUUUUCAACAUGGUCUCGAUUCGAAACCCCGACUUUAUAUACCAACCUUGGAUGGGGUUUGUUGGUUACCAGAUCAUCAAUAGUUUCCUCUUCCUUUUCAAUCUCUAUUCGAGGUGUCUCCCAUAUAUCAGCAGCACACUUCUCGUCUUUACCGUCUCCUCCCUCGUCGCCAUAUUUGUCAGCAUGCUGGCCGUUUCUAGCCCGAAGCAAGAUCCCUCACGAGUUUUCGUCGACCUCUACAAUAGUUCGGGCUGGCCGGACGGAGUUGCAUUUCUUAUUGGUAUAAACGCUCCCAACUGGGGCUUUUCCUCACUCGACGCCGUUGUCCAUCUCGCCGAUGAGAUCCCCAAUCCUCGGCGCAACAUCCCAAAAGCUCUGCUGUUGACCGUUGCUGUCGGUUCCUUCACAGGCAUUCUCAUUCUUUUGUCAGCCUUCUUUUCAGCUACAGAUCUGGAAGACAUUGCAAGCUCCACAACUCCCUCAUUACAGAUAUUCUACCAAGCCUUUGGAGGAAACCUGGGGGCAGCUGUUGGCCUGCAGGCUCUGGUUACCGUCUCAGCAUCUGGAUCCAUUGUUGGAAUUCACACUUGGCAGUCGCGCAUGGCCUGGGCCUUUAGUAGGGACAAGGGGUUCCCCUUCCAUCGCUAUCUCAACCGAAUUGCGCCGGAGCCAUUUGCUACGCCGAUAUACGCUCAUAUCUGGUCGUGCGCCUGGACGGCGCUCCUUGGGUGUCUCUAUCUAGGAUCGCAACUUGCCUUUAAUUCCCUCGUUUCUGCCGGCAUGCUUCUGCAGUACAUCACGUACAGCAUUAGUAUUUUAUGUCUCUUGUGGUAUGGGCGAUCCAAUCUGCGCCAUGGCCCAUUUUGGUUCCCGCGAUUCGGCCUUGUUUGCAAUGUUGUCACCGUCAUGUGGUCGAUCACCGCUGUUGUGUUCUAUUCCUUCCCUUACUAUCUCCCAACAGAGGCGGACCAGAUGAAUUAUGUCUCUUGUGUAAUCGUUGGGAUUUUUCUGUAUGCCUUGUUGUACUGGGUCCUAUUUGGUAAAAGGGAAUUUUCGCCACCUGAGCCUGAGUAUCAUGAUUGA